UGAUUGGCUGGGCACCUCGCAGGGAUUGUUUUGAUGGAGUGUUGCCUUGUCUGUGAAGAGAGAGUGCGGCCAUUUUGUUAGUUAGUUAGUUCGGCUGUAAAUUUGUUAAUAAGGCGAAGAGAAACAAACUCUGACAUUAUGUGAUGUCAGAUGAUCUUUAUUAUAAAUAAUAUCCGUGAUUACAGUAGGAGUCGGACCCAUGCGCGUGUGUGUGUGAGUUGUGGAGGAGCGAGCAGACUCGUGCUGGGAGUAGAUGUGAACGUGAUUCACAGGCAGCGUUUCAGUGCUGACGGAGGUCCCUUUUUUUGUCCGGGACAUUUUCUCCACGGGGUCGCUGUUAUGACUGGAGGAUAAAUAACAUUACUAAUUAUAAUAAAUGGUGGCGACAUCUGCCCGCAGCUCUUCCCGGCUCCUCCUCGCGCUUCUCUCCGUCCUGACGCUAACGGAUCCGCUGCUGACCGCACUGGCCACGCCGCUGUCAGAGCCACGUUGCGCUCAAGACCAGUUCGCAUGUCUCAGUGGGAGGAUGCAGUGUAUCCCCCUGGACUGGAGGUGUGAUGGCUGGACCGCCUGCGAGGACAAGAGUGACGAGAUGGACUGUCCACCGAUGAAGGAGGAGCGCUAUCGCUAUGGCAGCGGCUUUGAUCAGAUGGAGGACGUGAUGGGUGUGGCUCAGCCUGUGCGCUUUAACAAAAAAUGUCCGAGUGGAUGGCACCACUAUGAGAAGACUUCAAGCUGUUACAAGGUGUACGAGCAAGGGGAGAAUUACUGGCAGGCCGGGGAGACGUGUCAGAGAGUGAACGGCUCGCUCGCCACCUUCAGCACCAACGAAGAGCUGCAGUUCAUCCUCAAAAUCGACCAGAGAGUGUGUGAGCGCAGAGACCAGUGCAGUUUCUGGGUUGGCUAUCAGUAUGUCAUCACCAAUCAGAGUCGAUCGUUUGAGGGCCGAUGGGAGGUGUCCUAUAAAGGCUCUGUGCAGGUGUUUCUCCCACCUGAGGGAUUGUCGAGUGUGUCAGAGGCGAGUGCGAAGCAGGAGAGUGUAUACUGCGCACAGCUGCAGCGCUUUCACAACAGGAAUAUGAACGAACGUGGCUUACACAGCUGGCACACUGAGAACUGCUACAAACCCUUCCCUUUUCUCUGCAAAAGACGACAGACGUGCGUGGAUAUCCGGGAUAACGUGGUCAGUGAGGGUCUGUAUUUCACGCCCAAGGGGGACGACCCAUGUCUGAGCUGCACGUGUCACGACGGCGAGGCCGAGAUGUGUGUGGCGGCGCUGUGCGAGAGGCCGCAGGGAUGUACGCACUUCACAAAGGACCCUAAAGAGUGCUGCAGAUUCACCUGCCUCGAUCCAGACGGUAGCAGUCUGUUCGACUCCAUGGCGAGCGGUAUGCGUCUAAUCAUCAGCUGUAUCUCGUCGUUCCUGGUGUUGUCUUUGCUGCUCUUUAUGGUACAUCGCUUAAGGCAGAGACGCAGAGAGCGCAUCGACACGCUAAUUGGAGGGAACUUGCAUCACUUUAACUUGGGCCGACGUGUUCCUGCCUUCGAUUAUGGCUCUGAUGUGUUUGGGACCGGUCUCACGCCGCUACACCUGUCUGAUGAUGGAGAGGGCGGGGCUUUCCACUUUCAGGAACCACCGCCCCCAUAUGCAGCAUAUAAAUACCCUGAGCUCCGCCCACCAGAUGAGCCCCCACCCCCUUAUGAGGCUUCCAUCAAUCCCAACUCUCUUCUCUACAUGGGACUUGGACUGAAUGGUACACAGGACAGUGGAGGAGGUGGAGCUCUCUGCCGAACCCCUCUUCAGGCCCCACCCCCUCCCCUUGAGGAGAGGGCAGAAUCUAUUGACAGCAGCACAAUGUUGGUGACCCCAGACACACCCACAGAGACCGACGACCUCGACCUUAGCUCCGCUCUUGAUUCCACUAACACCACCUCACUCAGUACGGUGGUUUGAGGAAACUGGUGUUUCGAUUGUUAUGGGCGGGGCCUCAGGAGAAAGAGGAUGGGUUUCUACGAUGAACUGACUGAGUGUUUUGAGCUUCAAUGCAGUUGUUAAGUGUAAAUAUGGCUGCUCCGUUUUACCUCCUUCUUCUCCACAGACUGAUAAUGACAACGGGCAGAGCUUCAGCUGUCUUUCUGUCGCGUGUUGACGCUCCCGACCCCCCCGUCUUCAUGACCCGCACAGCUGACGCUUCAGAGUUCAGUCCUGCACAUGGAUGGGUUUCAUGUCGUUAGAUCCUGAAUGACCCCUGACCUUUCACCUUUCUAACCCAUUGCCUCCCUCAUCCCGCUAUAAGAGCCUUGUCCCCUUCAGGGGCUAUGUCCGUAAUGCUGCGUUUAUACGCUCUACUGUAUGCCUCAUCACUGAAUUGGUGUAUACAGUUACGGUACGUGACCGAUGGCAGCAUGCAGCCAUGUAAAUGUUGCCAUGGUAAUGAUGUCUAGUUUCGCACCUACAGCACAUAACUAGCACAGUAGUCUUUUUAUUUUUAUUGUAGAUGACCAGGUGCACCGGCAAGCCGUUGGGCCACUCCCAUGCUUCCUAAAAAACAUGGGUGCCGUAUUUUAGUCCUAGCUAUCAUACGACACCAUUUUCUCUGCAUUGUUUUAAGCUGAAGCUCUGCACAGUGUUUUGUUUGAACUCGAUUUGAUUGGGAAAAUCUCCUAUAAACAAUUCUAUGCCAUUUUCUAAAUGUAAUAUUCAUGUACUGAAGUAAUGAAAAUGUAUUUUUUUAACCUGCAUUGACAUUUACAGGGCUUUAACUAGGUGUACACCAGCUCUCGGGUAAAGGUAUUGUGCGUGUAACAAUUGUGUGUCGUUAACUUUUAAAUAAUGUGCGUGGUAGCUACCCUGAUCGUAAAAAAAUUUUUUUCUCUCUCUUUCUUUUUUUUUUAAGUAACAAAAGUUUGCACAAUUUUUUUUUUUUUUUUUUUUUUUUUUUUCCAGCAAAUUAAAAAUUAAGUCAUUUAAAAUCUGGUCAGGCUGGUUAGGUGCAGUGUAAAGUUCAGAUCCUUUGCUUUCAGAUGUUUUUGUUUACGCAGAUACAGGAAAUGACUCUCUAAAUGGGGUUGUGAGAAAUUGUCCUCGGAUGUACAGUUGAACAGCUGUUCUCACCAGCUCCCAACUCAGUUUUUCUCUAAUCAGACACAGCCCUUAUAGCGCACAUAAUCCUUAUAGAGGGAUGCAGCCUCCAUGGGGGGGCCCUGACAGGAGACAGCCACGGUGGGGAACGGAAGCUCUUAUAAGGGAACACGCCGCUUUAUAGAGGAUACAGCGUUUACAUGGGGAGCUCCGAGUCACCCAGUCUGUCUUUGGACUGUAAUACUGUGUGUGUGUGUGUGUGUGUGUGUGUGUGUGUGUGUGUGUGUGUGUGUGUGUGUGUGUGAGAGAGACACAGGCUGCUGAGUGUCAGCCCCGUUUCGGACAGGACGGUGAAUGGAGCCGUAUUUAAACCAGACGCUGCGAUGUGGAUAUUCAGACAACUGAUAUACAAAAAAAAAACAAAUGAUCAAAAAAAAUCAUUGUAUUUUAAAUGGGCGCACGGUGGCUUAAUGGUUAGCACCUUCAACUUGCACCCCCAGGGUCGAGGGUUCGAUUUCCUCCGGGUACUCUGGUUUUCCCCAGUCCAAAGUGUAUGGGUGUGUGAAUGUAUUUGUGAUUGUGCCCUGCGAUGGAUUGGCACCUGUCCAGGGUCUACCCCCGCCUUGUGUCCCAUGCUCCCUGGGAUAGGCUCGACCCAGUAGGAUAAGUGGUAUAGAAAAUGGAUGGAUGUAUUUUAAAUGCCAAAUAAGUGAAGGAACUACAUACAGUGCAAGCCAGAAAGAAAAUGCUUCAGCUGGCCUGAACUGCAGCAUGUUUUUUUCCAUUCCUGUCUGAAAUAGGUCAGAUUUCCCACAAUGCAUAUGGAAGCGAAUCGUUAACUACUGUAUCAUCUGUGUGUGUAUGUGUGUGUGUGUGUGUGAGAGAGAGAGUGAGAGAGAGAGAGAGAAAGAGAGAUACUCUGGUAUCACAGUUCAGCCUGGUAGUCUAGUUAGGUAUGUGCCAAUAUUUAGCAGCAUUUGAUCACAAUUUGAAGGUCCUCAAUAACACUAUGGUGUGAUAUGUUGAAUGAUCAGUGAUUGACAUUAACUCUGAAAUGGUUAUUCAUAAAAAAAAUCAACUGUUUUUAUUUCCAGUUUUAAAUUCUCUCAUUUUGUAAAAAAAAAUUUUGUUCAUGGACUUGGACGACUCUCAGACACUCUCCAACCCCUUUUAAUCUUUGACCCUCUGGUUGACUGGCACAGACAAUCCUCAGUCAAAUGGCAAUUUUACUGCCUCCUCUUGAUAAUGUAAUGAGCAGAGUGCGUAGUGCUGAUGGACUCUGACGAUACCAAGUGUCUCCUCACAGCUCGAUUUGAUUUCUGCGUUUGUCGUCGCCGCUCUGCAUGUUUUUCUUCGUGGCGUGAGGAGUUUUAACAAGAAAACACUAAAGUCAGAUAUUUUGUGUAAAAUACUACAACUGUUACAUUUUAAUGUUUAAUUUCAGGUUUUUAAUGUAAUUUCCUGUGUUAGGUUUAGUUGCAGGGUUUUGUGUUGUACUCUGAUGUCGAUGUAUAGCUCAUCAUCAUCAUCAGGCACCAAAUAAACUUCACUGAAGGAUAAGA